GCCUCCAAUAGCAACCCUUCAAAAAAUUUAUCUCCUUUGUAAGCAAUAUCAGCACUCUCAAUAUAAGUGGGCAUACAUGAUCCUGAACUGACUUAGAUACAAGACACGCCGAGCCCAUUCACCAUGAAAUUACUUGUUCUGUCCAUUUGUCUUCUAAUCGGCGUCACGCAAAACUGCCUCGCUACCGUGAGUGGCAGAGGUCCAGGUGGCCCGGGAGGAGAGCCUCCAGUGUUUGAUUGCUCCGGUAAAGUUGGGUAUUAUGCAGACCUAUGGAAAAAUUGCGAGGUAUAUUACCAAUGUCUCGAAGAUGGAACUAAACUAACGUUCGGUUGUCCUAGUCAUCCUCAACAAACAUACUUUGACGAAGCAAUUGUUCAGUGCGUUGACAAUUACGUAUGCCCAGAACCGGAACCUAUCAGCCCUGUUUAAUGUUUCAAGCCUUCAACGCCAAUGUCUUCUGUGUAUCUUGAAAUAUAAUCGUGGAAUUUGCUUUAGCAUUUUCAGUUAGAAGCAUUAGGGUUUCCAAAACGGAAAAGACUUUAAUGUGAUUGUUGGCAACAAUAAAAUAAGACGCCAUUCAAAUCUAA